UAACCGGAUUCUCCUGUACCUACUCGGCUACUUGUCAAUACAACCUUUCCCUGAAAAGAAGUAGAUAUUAAAACGUCAAUCAAUUAUAAAUAAUUUUGGCGGAAAAGUAAAUAGAUUUUAAGGAUUUUAACAUUUGCUUUUAUUCUUAUUUUGCUGAAUUUUAAUAAUAAUUUAGUAAGAAAAUCAUGGACGCCGAAGAUAAUGAGCCAAAUUCGAAGCCAGAUGAAUUGAACGUUGAAGUUGAAGAACAUGGUACUGAAGAUGAAAAUAAAGAGGAUGCCGACUUAAAAAAAUCUGGUCAAAGAAAUCGAAUUCUACGUUUGCCAUUAGCUAGAAUAAAAAAUAUGAUGAAGUUAGAUCCUGAUUGUACAAUUAUAUCUCAAGACUCAUUAUUUCUAAUUACAAAGGCCACAGAAAUGUUUAUUGAAUUUAUGGCCGAAGAAGCUAGCAAACAAUUAAGUCAUGGAAAACGUAAAACUGUAUUGAAAAGGGAUGUUGACAUUGUGAUUGAAAAUAAUCCUAGUUUAUGUUUUUUAGAUGGAGCUUUAGAAUAAUUAGAUUAUUAUUUUAUAAUAUUUUUAGGUUAUAUUUUUUAUAAAUAAAUGUUAAAAUUUUCAA